AUGUUUCAUUCUGAAACCAGUGAUAAGAAAAAAAUGGAAAUAGUGACUGAUCUCAGUUCAUCUGAAGGUGUUCUUAAAGUAGUUGUUUGUACCAGUGCUCUUGGUAUGGGGGUUGAUAUAAAGAACUGUCAAAACAUAAUAUUAUAUGGACCACCUAGAAAUGUUGUAGAUCUUGUGCAGAUUGUAGGUCGAGCGGGUCGUGAUGGUUGUAAUGCCAGUGCUUUGUUAUUAUGUAGUUCCUACAAAAUAGGACAUGUUGAUAAGAAUAUGAAAGGAAUUAUUAAUGAUGAUGCAUGUCGUAGAAAAAAUAUUAUGAAACAUUUUAUGUAUGCUGAGGUAAUGUUUGAUCAGGAAUUGCAUAGAUGUUGUGAUAAUUGUGCUCAGAAAUGUUUAUGUAAAAAAUGUGAAAUGCCAUAUUUAGAAAGUUUAGAUAUAGAUAGCCACACUUUAAACACAAAUUCACCAGAUGAAAAUUCAGAAUCAGAUAGUGACUAA